GAUCCGACCAAUAGUCGAUCGGUUCGCCACUGUUUUUCAGCGUGCGCGCGCACAUUGUUUGAUUCGUAUUUCAGACUUCAUUCCUUCGUUUUCAUUCAUUCAGUGUUCUUUCAUACUUUCGUUCGUUUUUGGCGAUGUCAUAGCGUAAGUGUUCGUACUUAUUGCUUACGGUGAAUAGUGUAGAAAGCGCAGUAGUACCCGUGUGCUUUUGUGCACGAAAUGCCAACGGUGUGUGGUGUGCCCGGCUGCAAACUACAGCAUAGCAAAGGUGACGAUGUGAGGUACCACUCCGUGCCUAAAAAGUACAAAGAAGAGUGGCUGAGAGCCAUAAACUGGCCUCCGGGAGAAGCAGUGCCCAGGAACCUUCGCGUAUGUUCGCGUCAUUUCGCCGAGGAUGCCUAUGGACGUAACCUCUUGAUGUUGAAAGCUGCGUGCGGAACGUCGAAACAUGCAAGACUGAAACCAGGUGCUUUGCCGACGCUGGCUCUCAGGAGCGUUUCAGUGACGACCCACGAGAGCGUGGACGAUUUCGACCUGGAAACCCUGCUCCCUGGUUCCUCAAUCAAAGUAACGUCAUCCACCCAAACAUAUCCUAACUGUUCAAAUCGUGGCUGCCAGGCAAUGCCAGACUCCAGGACCAGGGGCACCCUGACCUUCCCUGACCUGCGCAACAGGGGCACGCAAGCGUUUAUAGAAAGCAGGAGCAAGGGCUGCCAGGUCUUCACACGAGAGACGCAAGCCGCAAAAGACCGCAGUGUGGGAUGUCAAGCAGAUAUAAAGCCCAAUGUUCACAGGUCCACUCAGACAGACUUCAAAGACAUUCCCACAAGCCCUCAAAAGAAAGCAGGCAGGCAUUCAUCCGGCAACCCAUCACAUGGACCACCCGUGUCAUCUGAGCAGCACGACACGACCAGAAGUAGCAGUGCAGACGACGGACGAGAGACUGCACCGUGCCCGGGAACUCAGUGUGCAAUAAUCAGCUCGUCUGCCGAAGAAACAUCGCCGUCGACGGCCCGUGAGAGCAUUGCAGAGGAGCCGAACUAUGUGGUUUCCGACACUCAACUCUUAGAGGCGCUGCAGUAUUGCAGAGAUUGUGGCACUACCGACUGUCGGGUUCAGCUUUCGACUGAGGGUCACCUUGUACGUGCUGUUAUCACAUGUAAAAGGUCACAUGCAAGGACAUGGCACAGCCAACGCUUCCAGUGCGAUAAAUGACCCCAGGAGAGAAAAUGGUAUUUUUGCCAGGUUUGGAGGGCUAGAAAAAACAAUCUAUUCCGUAGCCAAGUGGAAAAAAAAUGAAGAACAAAGUAUCGGGCCCUCGGGAAGCGGUGGGCACGAGAUAAGUGUGAAGGGCACCGUUGAAGUUGAGGUUGUAGAUGUGGCUGGACAUGAGCCUGCUUGAUACUUGUGGCACCUGUACUGAUCCUGUGAAGCUGGAGGCACUCUACGAAGAACCUGGCUUGUUCCCAUAGCAACCAGACCAAACCUUCGCUUCACACCAACAGUUGCUCUCUGGCAUUUUUGACGACUGAA